GCCUCCGCGGAGCCUAGAGGCGGGAGAGCGCACCGAGGAGCGGCGGUCCCGGCCGGGAAGGCGUCCAGCGCGCCGCGCCCUGGCCCAGCCGGCUCCUGGGCCCGCGUCGCCGCGCUGGCGGGCUCGGGCAGCGCACGGCGGCGGGCGGGAUGCGGGGCGCGCGCUGCCUGAGUACCCCCGAUGGCCGGCGGCGGGGCGGCGGCGUGCGCAAGCGACGCGCGGCUGCUGCUGAGCCGGAACGCGCUGCGCCCGGCGCCCGCGCUUUUGGCCCCGGCCGUGCUGCUGGGCGCCGCGCUCGGAGUGGGCCUCGGCCUCUGGCUUGGCCGCCGCGCCGGCCGCCUGCGCCUGCGGCACCAGAAAGACGACGCUCAGAGUCUGCUCAGGAGUUUGGAGUGCGACACACGGACGCCCUCGGAAUCCGGCUCCCCGUUGCGGAGGAGAAGGAGGGAAGCCCAGGCGGCGCCCCGGGACGAGGAGGCUCUCACUGAGUGCGAGCCAUCUCUCAACAGCAACGUCACAGCCUUUGCGCUGAAGGCCAGAGUCGUCUACCCCAUCAACCAGAAGUUCCGGCCCCUGGCCGACGGCUCCUCCAACCCGUCUCUGCAUGAGAACUUGAAGCACGUGGUUCUGCCGCACCAGCCCCUGGAGGCUUCACCUUCCAGCAGCCUGGCCAGCCUGAGCCAGGCCGAGAAGGAUGACGGGAGCUCCUCGUCCAGCGUCCACUCGGCCGCCAGUGACGACAGGCUGCUCAGCCGCACCUUCCUCCGCGUGGACAGCUUCCCCGAGCUGCUGGCCUGCGAGAGUGUGGACGUCGACCUGUGUGUGUACAGACUUCACCUCCAGACGCUGCUGUGUGUGGACGCGGCUCUGCGGCAGGAGGCGCGCAUG